CGGAACCUUCUUCUCGCCUCAUCCUUUCCCCAGCACAGCCUCAACUCCAUCAUACGACGCUACAUCUUCAUCCUCUCCCUCUACCCUUGAUCGAGGCCUCGUGUGUUGUUAUUGCAGCUGCUACUGCUACAGCUACAGCUUGUCACUGCAUAGAUAGCAAACCUCUUCUAACUCCCCCCAAAACGCCUCAGCCAUGAGCCGCGCAACGCCCCGAAAGUCGCGGCACAACCGCCAUCCUUCAAACCGCAUCCCCGCCAUCUCCGACUACGAAUCCGAUGCCGCAGUCAUGACCUCCGCCUACGAGCCCCCGCCGCCGCGAACAAACACCGAGCUCAACCUCUCCGUCCUGCAGCGCUACCUGCCAUCCAUCAGCAGGAUCCUCAGCAUCGCCGCCAACGCCGUCGUCUACACCUUCGACAGCACCGCCCAGAGCUGGGAAAAGUCCGGCAUAGAAGGCACCAUGUUUGUCUGUGCGCAGACGCCGCUCCCCGAAGACGCCCACCAUCGGCCUCGAGCAUGCGUCUUUGUGCUGAGCCGCCGUGGUCUGGAUAAUGUGGUUGUCGAUCUGGCGAGAGUCGGUCAUGUGGAGCUCAUGGGUGAGCUCGUCAUUCUCAAAGUUGAAGGCGACUGGGAAGCAGACGAGAAGGUGCUUGGUGUAUGGAUCCACAACGAUGAAGAGGGUACAAGGGCAACCAAUGGAGCCAUCAUUGAGGAGAGCUGGAAGAUUGCGCGAGCUGCUGGGACGGUGUCAAACGAGGGCCCAGAAGCUGGGCCAGCGAUGCAGGCAAUAGGACGGCCGCUGACGCUGAACGAGCUGUUUGGAAGACAGAAGGAGGUUACGGGAAGCUGAAUGAAGCGAUUGUACGGUGCUACAGCUUCAACUUGACACAAACUUGGUCGUUACAAUGGUGAGGGGGGUUGAAUAGCGUCCGAAUAUCGAAUUCGCUGCGAAGAAGGGAGAUUGGCAGGACCUGACUACAAGGCUCAUUUGAUUCGAAGGGACUGCAGCUCAAAGAUGUCGUCAGAACAAUUCUGCCCAAGUCCCUGCGUUGUACAUGUUGGGAAAGGAAUUAUAAUCUCAUUACCCGGAACAUAUUGCCAUACCACAGGCACACUUCCGGAGCGCAAGUGCCAGUCUAUCCAUAGACUCGUCCUGAGCAACCAAUAUCUAG